AGGGCUGAAGUAAUAGGCAUAGGGCGAACGCGACUCCCUAAUGGUAGGUGUAAACGCUAGUGGGGAUAGUCCUAUGCCGGCCUCUUUUUAUCAAUUUGAAAAUUACCAUCCUUAGGCUCUUCGUUGUACUAAAAAAAAACAGGCGCAACUGCUAGUUUAUUAUCUGUGAGGAACAUUAUCAGUAAAGAGAAAUGAUGACAUAGGACAGGUAAUUACUGGAAUAUUCGAGGAUUUAUUUUGGGGGUUACAGAGUGCAAGAUAAAUAUUUAUAUGGCCUGGGAUAAAUGAGGAUACAGUUCACAGCUGGUUUGUAGGAAAGAAGGAAAAUGGCAGGUCCGCAGUGUUGUGAAUCGCCUCCACCCCGAGACCAUCCUAUCGUCGGUGUUGGAAAGCUCGAGGCCUUCCAUGAUUUGACGGCUUAUGUCACUGGCUCCCCCGACGCCAGCGCCGCAGUCAUUCUCAUCCCCGACAUUUUUGGAUAUGAGGCUCCAAUUUUAAGGAAGCUUGCUGACAAAGUAGCGGAAGCUGGAUACUUUGUGGUUGUUCCUGACUUAUUUAAUGGGGACCCAUAUGUCCCAGACCACGGUACCAUUCAAGAUUGGAUCAAGAAUCAUGCGCCAGAGAAAGGAUUUGAGCCCUCUGCAAAGAUUAUCGAUGUUAAGAGCAGGGGCAUAAGUACUAUUGGAGCAGGUGGCUUUUGCUGGGGAGCCAAGGUGGUAGUGGAGCUAGCCAAAGGGGUGGAUAUAAAAGCAGGGGUGUUAUUGCAUCCAUCGCUUGUUAAUGUUGAUGAUAUUAAAGCGGUUAAAGUGCCGAUAGCAAUUUUGGGAGCUGAAAAUGACAGGAUGUCACCACCUGAACUUAUAAAGCAAUUUGAAGUUAUUUUGUCUGAAAAAUCAGAGGUAGAUAGCUUUGUGAACAUCUAUCCUGGAGUUGCUCAUGGCUGGACUGUAAGAUACGAUGAGAAAGAUGAAAUUGCUGUAACUAAUGCUGAAUUGGCACAGAAAAAAAUGUUGGAAUGGUUUGAGAAACAUUUGAAGUGAGAAGCUAAUGCAAAUAUAUUUAACUUAAAUAUUGAGAAUGCACUCUAUCUUUAUUGCUAGUGCAAGAUCAGUCUAGAUUGAUGAAAUAUAUGUGCCCGAUCUGAAGGCACAUACAGUUUCUACUAAAGGAACUGCGGCCUUCCACUAUUGCUCGUCUGUCGAUUUAAAACGUCUUGGGAGCAAUGGUGACAGUAAUAAUGGUGCAUCAUUCUCUGACAUUGUAUUUAUCUGUAAUCAUUAAUUUUUAUUGUUGAUUUCUACUAGUCUCGUAUCGAGAAAUACCAGUCUUAUUAAAAAAUGGCAAGUUAAUUGUUUGUGUUGUAGAAAUAUUAUAACUUACAUUCAUCAACAGAAAUAUUAGUCUUCUAGCA